UCUCUCUCUCUCUCUCUCUCCCUCUCUCUACACGUACAAAUCCCUUCCCAUUCCCGUUUAUAUAUUUUCCUUGUAAAAGCUUUCUCCUCCAAAUACCAGGUCGGCUGCGAGCUCCUCCAUCCAUGGCUUCGCAGGAUAAAGGUCGACCCUUACCUAAAUUUGGUGAGUGGGAUGUAAAUAACCCAGCAUCAGCUGAAGGAUUUACUGUCAUAUUCAACAAGGCCCGAGAUGAUAAGAAGACCAAUGCGUCUCAUCCUAAUGUUGUGACCCCACGAAAAGGCGAUAGCAGCGUACGAAGAGGUACUAAAUACAACAAUGACUACCACGUCGACAAUUAUCCUCAAUAUCCCCAAAAGGUAAAGAAGAAGUGGUUUUGCUGUGGUUGAAUCCACACACUGCUUUGGAGCCUGGUGAUAAUGCAAGAGGAGCUACAAGGACACUGCUUUCUUGUGCCUGCAACACAUGUGGGGCAGUCUAUCUCAUAUAUGACAGAGUUUUUUCCUUUUUUCCUUUUUCACUUCAGCUUGAUUUUGGGUUCUUUUGCCUUCUAUAUGUGUGUUGAAACAUUUUGCAUGCAUCUGUAAUAUAGAAUGAGAAAGAGGAAUGGAAAAACUUUAAGUUUCACGAA